AUUAGAGCAAUAAAAUUAUUUCAUAGAAUACAAUUGGUAAAUUACCAAUAGAAUUAUUCAUAUAGUAGAAUUGUUUAUCUUAUAUACAUAUAUAUAUAUAUCAUUAGGAACCAUAGAGGUUUAAAAUUAAAUUUAUAGGCAGUUGAACUUUUCAAUAUUAAAUUAACAACUAACUGUACUUAAGUUUUGAAUAUUCGACAUUUUACUUCACAUUGUGACAAGUGAAAAUCUGUGAAAUCUUUAAUAUCAAUAUGAAUACAAUGAUACAAACUCUAAUUAUCUGGAUGUUUGCUGUUAUUACACCAACAAUAUGUGGUGAAGUCAGUGAUCCGUUUGUACUAUCAACUAAUGUUGAAAGUGCAUUGAAUGAUCAAAUUCUAGCAGAAUAUGAAGCAUUCUACAUCUACGAACAUAUGGCUUCCUAUUUUUCUAGACCUGAUGUUGGAUUAUCUGGUUUUGCUAAAUUUUUCCGUAAUUCAGCUAAUGAAGAAAUAGAACACGCAAGAAAAUUCAGUGAAUUUAUAAACAAGCGUAAUUCAAAAGUUAUUCUAAAAAAUAUACUACUUCCAUCGGAUGGUGUCCCAAUGGACUUCAAGAAUAUUCAUGAAGCAAUUGAUCUAGCAAUAGAUAAAGAAUUAUAUGUCAGUACACAAAUUGUUGAAUUACAUAAAUUAGCAUCAAAAAUGAAUGAUGCUACUACCCAAGACUUUUUGGAUGAAUUCCUUCAAGAACAAGUUGAUUCUGUUAGUAAGUUAAGAGAAAUGAGAUCUAGACUACGAUUGGAUGCUAGCGCAGUUUAUCUAAUGGAUAAGGAACUUCGUUAAAUAAUUAUACUGGAAUCAUUGAUGAUUAAUUCUUGCUUACUUCUCUCAUAUUUUGUUUGUUUGUUGCUUUUUUUGUUAAUUUUUCUAAACAUCCAUUUUUUCCUUACAGUUCUCUUCUUUUUGUGAGCGUUUCUCCAAUUAUUUCAAACUGUUGUAAACGAUUAUCAUUUAUUUUCUAAAAGCAACAGCCAAAAAUAUGAAGUUUAGUUUAGGUUUUAUGACCAUCCUCAACAAUAGAACUGAUUCAAUUCUACUAUGUUUAUUAUUUAUUUAUGAAUAAGUAUGGUUAGUGUGAUUUGUUAACUCUCUACUCUCUCUCUCUCUCUAUCAAAUUGAUUAACUCAACUGACAUCUCUAUUUUCUUAUUGUUAUUUCCUCAUCACAAAUGUAACAAAUAAUAAUUAAGAGACAAUGUGUUUUCUAUUCAGUAAAUAAUAAAAUAAUAUUUCAUUUAUGUUCA